AUGAGAAGCUUCUUCUUGUUGGCGGCCCUGGCCUUGGGGGCUGCUGCUCAAACCUGGACAAGCUGCAACCCUCUCAAUCAGACCUGCCCACCAGAUACGGCCCUCGGCACGGAGCACACAUGGUACAUGAAUUCGACGUCCAAGAUCGACACGGACAUCUGGAACAUGACCAACAGCAUGCCACCGACAUACACCGACGACGGAGCAGACUUCACUCUUUCCAAGGAAGGCGAGGCAGUCCUAGUCACUUCUAACUUCUACAUCUUCUUCGGAGUGGUCGAGUCAUGGGUCAAGAUGUCACCCGGAGUGGGUAUGAUCAGCAGUGUCGUGCUCGAAUCCGACGACUUGGACGAGAUUGAUUGGGAGUGGGUUGGCAACGACACCAACUCGGUGCAGACCGACUUCUUUGGAAAGGGUAACACGACCACAUACGGCCGCGGUACUACUUUCCCUGUGGAGAACGCUGCCAGCGAGUGGCACAACUAUACCACCUACUGGACCUCGGGCUAUCUGGAGUGGUGGGUUGACGGCCAAUUAGCCCGCAACCUCACGUACGAUGAUCCUUUGACGCUCGGGGGUACUAACUACCCCCAGACUCCCUGUCGGAUCAAGGUCAGUAUCUGGCCCGCGGGUCUGCCUGGUGUCAGCAAGUGGACGAUCCAGUGGGCUGGUGGUUUGGUCAACUGGGAUGAGGCGCCGUUCACCAUGAGUGUCAAGAGCAUCCGGGCGAAGGACUUUCACUCCGGCAAGGAAUACAUUUAUGGCAACAGGAGUGGCUCCUAUCAGAGCAUCAAGGUUAUUGACGGAAACUCAACCAUCGCCGACGACCUUAACAAGAAGCCCUCUGAGUCAGUAAGCGAUAAGUGGAACAAGCUCCCAGAAGGCGCUCAUAUUGGCGUGUACGUAGCCGCAGGUGUCGUUGGCGCCAUUGCCGUGGCCGGGUUUCUCUUCUGGUGCUUGCGUCAACGUCGCAACGGCCGCCUUGAGAACGCCCUCGGUGACAACCAGCAUGCCAACGAGCGGGACGAAAUGCAGAACUACCAGAACGACUGGAAGCAAAGCGAGUGGAGGGCCACAGAGUGGAGGAACAGCGGCUACGGCCAGAUCCGAUCAUAG